UAAUAGAACUUUGUCUACCGAGAAUCUUUAAAAAAUCUCCGGCUUUCUCUCUCUCUCUCUCAUGUCGCCGCCUCUCCGAUGGUAGAUACAGAGACCAGCUUAGAGAGAGAAAGUGAAGGAAAAAAGUUAGAAGAAAGAGAAAGUGAAGAAACAAGCAUCUAACUUCACGAGUUCCUUUAUCUGCUUAACCCUCUCUCUCUCUCUCUCUCUAUAUAUAUAUAUAUAUAUAUGUAUGUAUACACAUCAUCGUCGUGAUCAUGUAAGUGUGCCACUUGAAAACCCUAAAAGAAAAGCUAGAGUCUGUUGAUUAUUGGUGAGAGGGUAAGUGAAAGCUUCACGGGCUAGAGCUCAUCUUUGCCGUCUCCAUCUACUUCAACCAACUAUAGCUAACAGUUCAUCAAUCGUGUGAUCGAUUUGUUGCCACGUCGCGUGCUUUGCUCUUCGGUCCGAUGACAGCUGAGUUGUUCUUAUUCUGGUGGUAAUUCGACUUUGAGCUUGGUGGAAUAGGGGAUUGUAGAGAUGGAUCGAUCGGCAAUUACGGUAGGGCCGGGCAUGGACUUGCCAAUAAUGCACGACAGCGAUCGGUAUGAGCUAGUUCGAGACAUCGGUUCGGGGAAUUUCGGUGUGGCCAGGCUGAUGAGGGAUAGGCAGACCAACGAGCUCGUCGCUGUCAAGUAUAUCGAGAGAGGUGAGAAGAUAGAUGAAAAUGUACAAAGGGAAAUUAUUAACCACAGAUCACUGAGGCAUCCCAAUAUUGUCCGAUUCAAAGAGGUUAUAUUAACACCAACACAUUUGGCAAUUGUGAUGGAAUAUGCAUCUGGAGGAGAGCUAUUUGAGCGGAUAUGCAAUGCCGGCCGAUUUAGCGAGGAUGAGGCACGCUUUUUCUUCCAACAACUCAUAUCAGGAGUCAGUUAUUGUCAUGCAAUGCAAGUAUGCCAUCGGGACUUGAAAUUGGAGAACACAUUAUUGGACGGAAGCCCAGCUCCUCGACUGAAGAUUUGUGAUUUUGGGUAUUCCAAGUCCUCAGUGCUGCAUUCACAACCCAAAUCAACUGUUGGAACUCCUGCAUAUAUUGCCCCGGAAGUGUUGCUCAAGAAAGAGUAUGAUGGCAAGAUUGCAGAUGUGUGGUCUUGUGGCGUAACCUUAUAUGUCAUGCUCGUGGGUGCAUAUCCUUUUGAGGACCCUGCUGACCCUAAGAACUUUCGCAAGACAAUACAACGAAUUCUUAAUGUACAGUAUGCAAUUCCAGAUUAUGUUCAUAUAUCGGCAGAGUGCCGCCAUCUGAUCUCAAGGAUUUUUGUAGCUGAUCCUGCACAGAGGAUAACCAUGCUUGACAUCAGAAACCACUCGUGGUUUCUGCAGAACCUCCCCCUCCCAGCAGAACUGAUGGAUGAGGGCACCAAGAACAACCAGUUUAAAGAGCCUGAUGAGCCCAUGCAGAGCAUUGAUGAAAUUAUGCAGAUCAUUGCUGAAGCCACCAUUCCGGCUGCUGGAACUGCCAGUCUUAAUCAGUAUCUGACCGGUAGCCUUGACAUUGAUGAUGAAAUGGAUGAGGACUUCGAGAGUGAUCCUGACCUCGACUUAGAUAGCAGUGGAGAGAUAGUCUAUGCUAUAUGACUGAGAUGUGCCUGGCCGAGGUUGAUGAAGGUAAACUUAAUCCUCUGUUUUAAGGUCUUUGGGCGUGAAAGUUAAGGGAAAAGGUGUCUUCUUCGUGCUGAACAAGUCUACAACUUGGAACCUGCCAGCGUCUGGUCAAUCCAUCCUUCCCACUCAAGUGUUUUCUUUUAACUUACCGCGUGCUCUGUAGAAAUUGUGUUCUUGUUGUUAUGUAUUGUUCUGUCACUGUAACUGUAACAGUAAGCUACUGAACCUCUUCUCCGAUUGUAUGAUAUACUCUGGUCGUUCAAGGACUUGCGUAUGUAUAGCCACUUUAGUUGAAACUCUGCUUCACUCCUGAUUUGACGGGGAAUGUUUUGGUGAGUAUGUUGUGUACUACUUCCUUUGGUCGUUCUUUC